AUGAAAAGAAAUAAGAUAAGUUCUCGUAAAUCACUCUUCCUCCUCACUAUGAUGAAGAAGAAUAAUACUAUUAUUCAAUCCUCAAAACCAGUUGCUAUAAGAAAGAAAAAGAGAACUUGUGUCAAAUCUUUUCAACGAAAACAACAAUCGUUUUCUUCUACAAAAGCAGAACCUGAGUUUUACUUAUCCGAUGACUGCUGGGAGCAUGUUUUCACAUUCCUCAUCAACCCUAUAGAUAAAAACAAACGCAUCUUUAAAUCUCUAUCUCUCGUCUCAAAACACUUCCUCUCCAUCACCAACCGUCUCAUAUUCUCUAUGACAAUUUAUAAUCCACAACUUUGUUUUCUCCCUCGUUUCUUACAUAGAUUCUCCAACCUUAAUUCCCUUGACCUCUGGUUUGGCUCCCGUGAUUUCGAUACAGACAUUGUUUUGUCUCUCCGUGACAGACCAACAUUGAAAUCUUUAUCUAUUUCUGGGAUUGACCUAAAUGAUGCAAAAUAUGUUACUUCACAUUACAUUGAUUUCUUCGUGAGUUUGAAGUGUUUGAAUUGUCUCAAGUUUGGGUAUUCGCAAAUCCCUGAUGAUUUGCUUUACUCUAUUGCAAGAGAAGGUCUUCCUUUAAAGAGUUUUGCUCUUGAAAUGUGUAUGGGCUAUAGUUACCAUGGAAUUUAUGCUUUAAUAUCCAAGUGUCACGGGAUACAAAAUUUAGGUCUUCAAGAGGUUGAUUUUCUAAAUAAUCAUCAUGUUUUCCAGUUGUCUUUGCUUCUUCCUGACUUGGUAUCUAUAAACCUUAGCAGAAGUUCUAAGCUCACCGAAUUAGCUUUAUUUGCACUAAUUAAGAACUGUCGUACACUUAGUGAGAUCACAAUGGAAGACAUAUAUAUUGGGAAAGAGAGUGUAAAAAAUUAUGAUACUUUGAGAGAUUUUGAUGUCAACCCUCGAUUAAAAUUUCUACAUUUGCUUGACAAUGCAUUUAUAAACGAGGAGAUCGUCAUAUUGUUUGCUUCUAUUUUCCCCAAUUUAGAGUUUCUCGAUUUGAGUUAUUGCCAUGGCAUAUCUAAUAAGGAUAUUUGUCAAGUUCUAAGUAGAUGUUGUAAGAUUAGACAUCUAAACUUGACCAACACUAAUGCAGUGAGAGGACUUAAAAUGAACUUUGUAGUUCACCAACUAGAGGUGUUGGACCUAACCGAUACAAAUGUUGAUGAUAAAGCACUCUAUGAGAUCUCAAAAAGUUGUUGUGGACUUCAGCAACUAAUAUUGAUGAGUUGUAAAUAUGUCACAAAAAAGGGAGUGAUGUGUGUGAUUGAAAACUGCACACAACUGAAGGAAAUCUAUUUGAUGGAAUGUGAAAAAGUGAAUGUUAAUGUAGUUGUCGCAAUGCUUGCAUCAAGGCCACCAUUACAAAAAAAUAAUCGCUCCACCCCAUUUUUGUUUAAGUGA